CUUAAACCUCUGCCACUUCUUUGCUCCUCUUUCUCAAACUCUCACCCUUAAACCCUAAAUUUAGCCAAGCCCAAGCAUGCCAACUUUUAAUCUCUUUUCUUAGCAAGCAAAACCCUACACCCUUCUCCUUCUUUCUCCCUCUCACAACCCACAUGUUAACUAUUUCAAGCAUGAAGUCUCUUAUAGCCCCACGAUUCACACACACACCCUUGUCUCUUUACCUCACAAAGGCCUCACCUUUCGCCUCAAAAUCCUAUUUUUGUAACCCUUUAACUCUUCAAACCCGAAGAUUUAUCUACACUAAACCCAAACCCCCAAUGGCUUCGCCUAAAUUCCCGAUUUUUUCUGUUCAAAAUCGAAUCUUGCAAACCAAGGCCUCUAAUUCUUCAUCAUCAGGUGAAAUUCACGUGAUUGUGGGACCACGCUUCUUCGAAGGAUCCAAGUGGAGAACGAGAAGGUUCGUGUAUACCCAGAUUAGCGCAGUUUGGUUCAGAGUGCCCUCUAUGUAAAUCUGAAUGUCGCAAAGCAGGUUUAAGGCCUUCGCAUUUUGUGGAAAAUAUAGUGACAAACUUUAAAGGAUUAGAUGCUUUUUCUGGGGCCAAUAUGAAUCAUUCUCUUUCUUCUGUUGUUGGGAGGGUUUUGGACCAAUGCCGGUCUCAAGAGUAUAAUUCAACUGAACAAUCUGUGUCAGCAAAUAUGCUAGGUCAAGUUAUAUAUAAUCAUUAUGUUUGAGGUAGCAAAAGUAAAGGAUUUGUGAUGCUUGGUAAGGGACCAGUUGUAUGUAAUAAUGGUCAAGGUCCUGUAUCAUCACAGCCAAGUACCCAGAUACAGAGUGAAGGCAUUCAAGAAUGUGGAGCUGGCAAAAUUGAUAUGAAUCGUGUGGAACAGACAUUGCUUGGCUGUCUUCCUUCAUUUGAUAAUAUUAAGGGCUCAGACAAAGUGGUAACCAGAGAAGUGAGCAUGAAAAGGGCCACAUACCAAUGGAAAAUUUUGUGAACCUCCAAAUUCCGCCAACUCUACAGAAGCAACUAGUUGAUGAUUGUGGAUUAAUUACACAUCUGGGCAAGCUUGUUAAACUUCCAUGCACCCUGACUGUGGAUGACAAUUUGGAGGAAUAUCGUCAUUAUAGGUUGGAGAAGGAUGGGUUGAUAGCUGAUUCAACUAGGGAAAUGAUAAAAGGAUUACGUUCUUUCUUUGACAAAGCUUUGCCAAUAAUGCUUCUGUACAAAAGUGAGCGCCAACAAUAUGAAGACACCAUGGCAGUUAUGGUUGCUCCCUCAACUAUAUAUGGUGCUGAGCAUCUAUUACGCCUCUUUGUUAAAUUGCCAGAGUUAUUGGUCCAUGCAAAAAUUGAAGAGGAAACAUCGACAAAGUUGCAGCAAAUGUUACUGGACUUCCUCGAGUCAGUUAUUUUUUCAGAGUUCCUUGUUCCUUUCAACUUACCACAUUGCGGAAGAUGUUGAAACGAGUACCAACGGAAAGGAAGAUGACUAAGCUUAGGUAACAUGUGGAAGUAACUGUUGUUGGUAGAUAUUUUCUUGCCUUUUGUAUCUCCUUUAUUAUUUUUGGCUAGAAAGCUUAGAAACUUGAUAACUUCUGUUGCAUGUCUUCAGAAACAAGUUGAUAAGCUUAAGCAUGAUUAUAUCUUUCUGCUCAAUGGUAUGUAUAUAAGUAAUAUCAUAGGAGGAAAAUCCAAGUAGCUGUCCUUGAAAAGUUUAUUGAGCGAAAAGCUUUAUAAUGCCAC